GCCAGCCGCCGAUUCAUCGGUGUGGGAGGUCACCACACUACAUUAUCAACGCUCUUCUCUCGAUAUAUAUACCAUUAUACAUAUGCUGUACUAGCCGCGCGUGAGAGCUCGUCGUGCAGCUAUCACCAAAAUACAUACUUUACACUUAAAAAUAAAAUAAAACGUUUUUUUUCUUCUCUUCUUCAAAAGUAUAUUAAUUUAUACAUGACUCGUCUUUUCGCGUCGAGCGUAUUCCGAACGGUGCUGCGAUAUACCAUAUAUGUCGCAUAAUAUCAGGCUUAUCACUGAAGUCCGGUGCUACCGCUUUCUGAUACUCAUGGUGCAUUGAUCGCGAGGGAUCCGAGAGCUCAUUCGGCCGCUAGUGAGAUCGCCGCUCUCGCGCAGAGCUCGUCGAUUCAUGCAGCAGUCUUCGUCACGAUAUCGAGCAAUUGUACAAGAGACUCCGUAUAAAGUCGCAUCGACACAUUGGCCGCAGCUCGCUACUGCUAGCUAGUGCUGCUACUGCUCCUACUGCUACUGCUGCUGCCUGCUGCCUGCUGCCACUUUGAACUCUCCUUUCUCUUUCUCUUCGCUUUCCGCUUGAUAUUAGAUGUGUUGUGCGUUUCACACAUCUUCGCUCUCCCUCGACACCCACCGUAGUCGUCGUCAACUUCGGAGUCUGCAUAACCUUAUACUGCAUUCGUAUCGAAUUAGCCACUAAUCCUCGCCCUCGGCGUCCAACAAUGUUAACUUUGCACUGGUGCGAGCUAUAGGCGCACACACGCUUGGACGAAGAGAGAGAGAGAGAGAGAGAGAGAGAAGAACACAGCUUGUGCGCGAUUCGCCGAGAGCAAUAACGCACACGCGAGAGCCGAGUGAUAAUAUUCCGUACAGCGAGGUGCUGCUACGCUUACAAAGUUGAUAUUACCAGCGAGGAGGAAAGCGUCGUCGCCGUCAUCUUUCAAGAGUAUAUCGUCGCUUGGUCAAGAGCAAGACGGAUAGAUAGAGAGACGCGGACAUAUGCACAUAUACGCGUAAUUGCAUACUACUUGUAAUAACGAGAUAGAAGGACAUGGGCGUGAUGGCAUCGCCGCUGCUGAAAUUACGUUUGUGCAGUCGCUGUCAUUGUUGCUUCAAAACACCUCGCUCCAAAUAGAAGAAAAAUAUCCGUCCUAUCGUUUGUGUAUAUAUGCGUGUUAUCGUAGUCUGUCGUCGUCGUCGUGCAAUAAUUACCGACCACCGAGAGAAUCUUCACUUCGCUGAGUUUAAGUGCCUGUAAUGUGCGUGUGACGUGUGUGUGCGUGCUCAUCGUUAAUCCACUGUACACGAUUUUUAAAAGAUUUCGAUGCUUAAUCACUCAUUAUCGAUCUUUUUUUCUUUUAUUCUUUCGUUCUAAGCCACCGAGUGAAUUAUAUCAACGGCUCAUUAAGGAGAGAUAAUUGAAUCUAUAUUUUUUUAUCGAACAAUUCGUGCUUUAUCACUUCUAACAAUAUGAGUUUGAAUCUCGUCAAAUUUUUCUCCAAGAAAAAACAUCACAGCCAACAAUCGGUAGACACGGUCGGCGAAAUUGGCCUGCCAACUAAUGUCUCACACAAAUUCCAUGUGAGUAAAAAUGAAAAGACCGGACAGUUGGAAGGCUUACCCGAUUCUUGGAUACGACUGCUUAAUACCCAAAUUAGCAAGUCGGAGCAAAAUGAACAUCCAGAUGCUGCACUUCAAGCCAUUAAAUUCUAUAAUUACUCCAUAAAGAAGAAACCAACACCUCAAGAGGAAAUUUUCAAGCCAUUCCUUACUGCAGAUAUCAUUGAAGAAGAGUCGUUAGAAAUAGAUAAAAUAUUAGCAAAAAAAUUCAAUAAAGAAAGGGAUUCUGAUGGAUCUACGUCUGCCAGUUCUACAGAUAGUCAAGUUCGUAAAGUACCACCAGAAUUACCUCCAAAGUGGAAAAAAGCACCCAAACCAGCACCUAGAAAAUAUAUUGAACGUAAGGAAAAAACAUUUACAGAAAUUCUUGAAGAUCUCAACAAUUGUCAGGUAGAUGACUACGAUUUAUUACCAGAAGAUAGAAAUGGCAAUAAACCUGUUGAAACUAAAGCUGAACCAAAAGAGGAAAGUCCAAUUUUACGAAGAAAACGAAACUCUGCUGAUGACUCUAUGAGCGAUGCAGAAGUUUAUGCAGAACUAAGAAAAAUUUGUGAUAAAGAUGAUCCUCAGUCAAGAUUUGACAAGAGUAAAGAAGUUGGUGCAGGCUGUUCUGGUACAGUCUUUAUUGCUACUGAUUUAACUAAUCAACAAAGAGUAGCCAUUAAGGAUAUUGAUUUGACCAAACAGCUCAAAAAAGAGCUUAUGCUGACAGAAAUCAAAGUUUUGAAAAAAUUCCAACACCCAAACUUAGUGAACUUCUUGAAUUCUUAUCUAGUCAACGAUCAUUUAUGGGUAGUAAUGGAGCUUUUAGAUGGGGGUCCAUUAACAGACGUUGUAACAGAAACUGUAAUGAAAGAAGCACAAAUAGCUGCUGUGUGUUGUGAAGUGCUCAAAGGUGUGAGUUUCUUGCACUCCAAGGGAAUUAUUCACAGAGAUAUUAAAUCAGAUAAUGUUCUUCUUGGUAUGGAUGGAUCUGUAAAAAUCACAGACUUUGGUUUUUGUGCAAAUAUUGUAGGUGAUGAAAAGAGACACACAAUGGUAGGAACACCAUAUUGGAUGGCUCCAGAAGUUGUUACAAGAAAGCAGUAUGGUAAAAAAGUUGACAUUUGGUCACUAGGAAUUAUGGCGAUUGAAAUGAUUGAAGGAGAACCACCAUAUAUGAAGGAAACUCCUCUCAGAGCUUUAUAUCUAAUAGCAGCUAUAGGUAAACCUAGUGUACCAAGUUGGGAAACAUUGAGUCCCAAAUUUCAAAAUUUUUUGGAAAGAUGCUUAGCUGUUGAAGUUGAUGAUAGGGCUUCCGCUAAUGAACUUUUAGCUCACAAUUUUCUUGACAACUGUGCCGAUCUAUCUACUUUAUGUCCUUUGAUUCGUGCUGCACAGAAAAUCUUACAUAAGAACUUUUCGAAUCAUUAGGAAUUCAUAAAAUUCCAAUUAUAAGAUGAUUUAAAAAAUUAUCAGAUAUGUUAUUCAGCCUGUUGAUUUUAUUUGCUCAUUUCCAAAGGAUUGCAUUGCAUUGUAUAGAUUAAGAAUCUUAAUCCAAAAUGUAUUCAAUGAAGCUAACGUGAUUUUUUUAUCAAUUGUACAUAUGAUUUUUAAAGCUUGUGCGAGAAUGUAAAAUACAUGUUAUACUAUUAUUAGCUGCUUGUAAUAAUUUUUAAUCUUUUGAUAAACUUAAUACUUUUGACAAACAUUUUAACAAAAUAUUCUAUAAGAACUUCUAAUGUGAAAACAUUCCAAUAAUAGUCUGAAAAUUGUGCAAUUUACGUCGACAAUAGUAAUUUACAAGAUGAAGCAUUUAAAAAGCAAUAUUUUGUAAUUUUUCUACGAAAAUCUAUAAACUGUACUUAUUUUUGGGAACUUUUAUCACCUGUCCAAUAAAAAAUGUAAAUUGUAAAUAUACGUUUUACAAAAAUUUAAGCUCAAUCGUGUAUUAAUCAAAUAAAGUAAUGUAUUUUUCCAUUCUUGAGAUUCGUAAAUAUUUAAAAUGUAUUACUACUACAAGUAUUACUAUGACGUAUGUAUACUAAGCGUUGGACUCGUCGACUUUUAUACCUUUUUAAUAAAAAAAAAACUUUGCACGAUUUCAUCCAAAAAAAGUAACAAAGAAACCAAGGAAAAUUGUCUAAAGAUGUUCUGUCAAAUGCAAAAUGUAUAUGUGCCUGAAGGAGCACUUGAUUGCUCUAUGAUAUUCAUACCAUAAUAAUACUAUAAAGUGAAUAGUAUAAUGUAUGUAAAGUGUAUUUAGUGUAAUUUUAUUAAUAAAUAAACUUAAAAAAGUAUGGUUCCGUGAAUUUUUUUAAAUUGAUACACAAAUAAAAACACCAUCAUGUGUAACUGUGAAGGAUAAAUUUAUUAUUUACACACUGGACAUAUUCUCAACAAUACAAGAGCUGAAAAUUUUAAA